GUCAGAGGUAAAAGCCAGACAGGAUGUCAAACCUGACUACCGCCAUCCUCCAUUCACUGAUUACAGGCAACCUCCAGUAGACUACCGUCACCCGCCGGUCUCUGAUUAUCGCCAGCCGCCGACGCUGGACUACAGACACCCGCCUGGCAUGCUGGACUUCAGACAGCACCCUGCAGCUGCACAGUUUCCUCUGGGGCUGCCUCCUGACUUCAGACCCCAGGACUAUGAUUACUUUACGGUGGAGCUGGAGAAAAGUACAAAGGGUUUUGGCUUCAGUAUCCGCGGGGGCCGAGAGUACAAGAUGGACCUGUUUGUGUUGCGCCUUGCUGAAGAUGGUCCCGCCAUACGUAAUGGAAGGAUGAGGGUAGGGGAUCAGAUCAUUGAGAUUAACGGGGACAGCACUCGGGACAUGACUCACGCCCGCGCCAUUGAACUCAUCAAGGCGGGGGGCCGGCGGGUCAGGCUGCUGCUGAAGCGCGGCUCAGGGCAGGUGCCAGAUUAUGACUGUGACGGCCCCUGGGAUUCCUUUUCUACAGCCCACUCUGCCCUGCAGGAAGUGACCCUCGAACCCUACCCGAAUCCAUUGCUCUCAUCCCAUCCAGCCUCAUCCCCAGACUCCCUUCAUCAGCUCCCUCUAGAGGCCACAGUGUGCAUGGCAGACAAAGCUCCACACCUGACAGACCACAGCUCCAUGAGAGGGGCUACAGGUGGCAGGUCCACCCAGCAGAAGUGCAUCAUCAGGGGGCAGGGAGCCCCUCAGGGGUCUGGAGAGACGGACUGUGACAGACAGCCUCGGGCUUUGCCUCCCAAAGCUGUCCUGGGGAGGUCUGUUGAAAGAAGAGAGCAGAGGCAGAGGGAGACUUGCUCCCCCUGCUGUGAGAGGAAGGGUCUGCACACACAGGCCAUGAGCACUGUCUGGCCCUGGGACCCCUAUGUGAGUGUGAAUCUUAAUGGAGCCUCUCUCGGUGGCAGAGAGGGACACGUCAGCCUCCAGGAGAGGCUGGUGUCCAGAGGUCUGUUUCCCAGAGAAGACGAGCGGGCCAGUGGGCUCUGCUGCCCCUCCAAAUCCAUGGAGGAUAAUCCUGCGAGGAGCACCGCGGCCUCCCCUGGACCCUGGAACGUCCCCGGCUCUGACAAACUUCCCGGCACCCUGAGGUCCUGGACCUCCACAGUGAGCAGGUAGAAUGAUCUGGCUGGUUCCGACCGGAUCACACUGUCUGGCUCCGCUUUCAGUUCCCCAUCAGAUGGCUAGGAAACAGCAGUAAAUCCCCCUCACCCUCUCUUUCUGUCCUGUUUUAUUUCUUCAUCCACUUCAAAAAUCAUAUUUUAUUUUUCAUUUUUUUCUUACAAAUAAAUCAUUAUUACACCCACCACCUUAAAAACAAAGGAACUUCACAGCUGUUGUAACAUUCAGUAUAAAACCGAUAAAGAAAACAUAAUACUGCAUUUUGGACCCUCAGAUGCAACAGUGUUCUGAUCACAGAUGGAGCAACAAUUUCUGAUUCUGAGUGGAGCUGUGCUUUCGACGCGUACCUUUACCUGCUCGACCGUAUCUGGCUCAGAUUGGUGAGUGCAACGUAACCUCAGAGGGAACAAGGUUCCUCCCAGGACAGAGACAUAUGAACAUCCAAGAGAUUUACUUUGCUCCAUUUUCUCUCUGCAGUGCGAGAAGAGUGAGAGUACAAAUCUGUCAGAGGGGGACAGUGACACUGACACUCCUGGAAGACAUGGCACAGACCCACUGGACAGCCUUUUAACCCGACAUAUGUUAGAUCUCACAUGCCUACCAAUAUAUCAUAUACUGUAAAUGUAAAGAUGUGAAAAAUAUGUACAUUUGGUAAUCACAGAAACAUACCUGUUGGUGUUUUUUGAGGCAGUGUUGUAGUUAGAUACAUUGUAAAGAAAAGAGAAAAAAAACACCAGGACAGUAUUUUAGGAUCACUAUUUCCAUGGCCUCGUCUAUUACUACAUAUCAAACUGACUGCAAGUCACCAAACCCAGUGUGCAUGGAUAUAAACCACCAUGUCUUUAUUCAAGGACUCACGUGUCUUUUAGAGGUGAAGUAUAGAGAGGAUAACCUCUGUGGAGCGGACCAGUUGCUACUCACGUGAGACUAAAAGAAAAUCUUUUUUUUCUCAUCAAAUUUAACUUUUGCGUGACUGAAAACACUUUGCUUUGUAAGAACUCAUAAUGUUCUGCGUUCCGUACGCAACUUGAUCACAAGUCAAACAUGCAGUCAUUGUGCCGAACUAUGAGCUGUGUUGUAUUCAUUUAAUGCUCAACGAUAGAAUUUUGUCCAGUCUAUAUUUCCCAUUUCUAUGCCUUUUACUGUGCUAAGUGUACCACAUCACUGUGGGGGAGGGGCAUCGGUAUGGGAAGAGGAGGCCGAUGGAUAUGAGGUGGGGCGGAGUGCCUUACUCAAACUAAUGCAGAGCUGUUGCCGUGGUGAUUUGUUUCGGGAACUGAAUGCAAAACAGAUGUUAAUGACCAUGCACACAUAUCAGCAAACUGUUGAGUUGUGGAGCCUGUUUUCCUCUGACUUAACACCCAGCAGUAUAUUUACAGUUAACUUGAUGCACUCUUAUCAUAUUGAUGAUUGCCCUGGUCCCCUGGUGUUAAAGGGGAUACAAUGUAGCCUGUAGCAUUACAUCCUCUUCUGGAGUUGUGGUUUCUGUUGUUUCAUCAGUCUCAUUCCAGCUUUAUUUGUCCAUUAAGUAAAGGAAACAAACUGAGAAUGCUCGUUGAAUCUGAACCCAAGACGUUAGAUUAUCUGUGGAGCGGGUGUUCAAUCAGAACAUUUGGAUCCUGGCAGAGCAGAGACGUGCUGCUAUUGAACGGAGACACCCAAGAUGAAGUCACUCUCCUCCUGCAUUUCUCCUGACAUCAUCCAUUCCUCUCAACAAGAUGUUUGCUCUCAUUAAAAAUGUAUCACCAGAACUUUGGAGUAGUGGAGGGCCAGAUGAGUUUAGAAAAAGAAUCACGAUGCAUUGUGACAAUUCGCCUGAAUGCAGCACGAUGGGACAUCCAAGCUGUACUGGUAAACUGGUGUAGGCCUAACUGGUCACCUGACAAUGCACCUGCAGACUGGGACACUAGAAAGACCUGAACAGUUAAUACAACUGUGUUUCAUGUGAUGAACAUGUUACCAAGGAGCAUGUCAACAUGCCACUAGGCUGUAGAAAUGUGUUUACUGUAUGUACAAAUGUCAAAGUUCAGAAAAGAUGAAAGAAUAUUUUAUCUAGCCCUCUGUCUCCGUCCAGGCCGUCCCCCUGCCUGCUGUGAGUGAUUUUGUAUACAAAAACAAAAAACUGCUUUAUUGGAACUUGUGAAGGAUGGCACGUUCAUAAAUCCCCAUUGAGAUCAAGUA